AUGAUGAAUACAAAUUAUUUGAUAAUUACAGUAGGACUGACUGUGGCAUUUUUGUGCUUUUCGAUCAAUCCAGUGACGUCACAAACCAGUAAUGAUUUGAAUGAGUUGGUCAACGACCUGUUUUCAUCUUAUUCCUUAAAAGUUCGUCCUGUGGUGAACCAGCAACAACCAUUGCUGCUUGACGUCAGCUUCUACCUCAGCAGUAUUAAUGAGGUCAACGAGGUCAAGGAGAAAAUGGUUACUACGGGCUACCUGGAUUUGUUGUGGACUGACGAACUCCUGGAGUGGACCCCUGCCGACUAUAACAACACGAAACAAAUCUUUGUUCCUCAGAAUGAAAUUUGGAAGCCAGAUCUUGUUUUAAAGAACGGAUUUAAGAAGUUUGAAGAACUUGGUGGAAGUUUCCUCUAUAUAUCUGUUACGUAUCUCGGCGGGGUUUUUUGGCUGCCAUAUCACGUAUUUGAAACUCGCUGUGCAAUGGACAUCACCAAAUUCCCAUUUGACACACAGUCAUGUGACAUCAAGUUUAUCACGUGGAGUCACAACAUGGAGCAAAUUGAAAUCUCGAAAUCUUCAAAUGGGAUCAAGUUCUAUGAAUACGAAGAAAAUGGGAUUUGGAAAAUAAUUGAUACAUCCUGGAAUAUAGAGAAACACAAAGCGGUAUCCGAAAUCAUUUUCACCAUUAAACUACAGCGAAAACCUUUGUAUUAUGUGAUGAACAUCAUUCUACCAGUUGCGUUCCUAGGCUUUUUGAAUAUCCUGGUGUUUGUGAUACCAGUGGACGCAGGAGAGAAGAUGUCCUUUUCUGUGACAGUAUUUCUGUCUUUCGCAGUAUUUCUGACUAUCAUAUCUGCAAUGUUGCCAAUUAGUUCUACUAGCAUACCAAUUUUAGCUAUUUAUCUGGUAAUUCAACUUGUAUAUGGAGUUUUGGCCCUACUGAUAUCAGCUUUCCAGCUUCGUCUACGUCACAGAGACGAAACCGAGAAAGUGCAUGCAUUCUGGAUAAAAGCUAUAAAGUUACAGCGAAAGUUACUGUGUAAAAAGUACAGUCAAGUUGAAAAUUUUAGCAACAAUGACGAAAAGACAAGUCAGAAUGACAGGCAAAAUAAUUUUAUUUCUUUAAAUGAAAUGCUUUGUUGGAAACAGGUUGCUUCUUCCAUCGAUUUCUUUGCCUUCUGGUCUUUCUUCAUUACAAACUCACUGGUAUCAGUAGUGAUGUUUAUAAUGGCGGCAAAAAUGUAACAUGUAGAAUAAAUUGAUGACUGCAAACUAGUUUAUAUAGAAUGUUACAUUAAAAUGUUAUAAAAUGGAUCGUUAAGGUAUCAUUUCUAAAACAUGAUUUCGAUGCUUAAAGAAUAACAUUUCUAGACACGACUAGUUAGACUAAAAUAUAAUGCAUUUUUUCACACCAUAUCUUAAAUUAUACAGUGUGUUGCUCGCAGCCAAAACAAAUUUUCCACUUUUUUUUAUAAAGAAUAUAUAAAAAACCCUUAUAAAAUAAUUAUGGAUAUAAACAUCCUUCUAUGAACAGCGUAAUCAUGUCUUUCAAAUGAUACUC